AACUGAAACUAACUUUGUUCUCCUUCAGCUCAGAGUCCAUUUUGAGACGGAGGAAGGGAAUAACUUGUCGUCUUGUUAAUAGAGAAGAUGGAAGAUUUGGACCUAAAGCAGGACAGAGCAGAACCUGCAGGAUCCGUCUGUCCCUCUAUGAGGAGUGACUUCUCCAAGGAAGAACCUCCAUACUUCAGUAAUGAACCUGGACCAUCAGACAGGACAGGUCAGAACCUCAGACUGAGAGCAGAACCUGCAGGAUCCGUCUGUCCCUCUAUGAGGAGUGACUGGUCCAUGCCAAAACCUCCAUACUUCAGUACUGAACCAGAACCAUCAGAAGGGAGGAAGAGGAGCAGCGUUGGUGAGGAGGAGCAGCCGUCCUGCUGUGCUUUGUGUCAGGAGGUUCUGGUGGAUCCGGUCUCUACCAGCUGUGGUCAUUGGUUCUGCAGACAGUGCAUAAGGUCCUACUGGGACCAGUCUGCUCCAUCUGGACCCUCUUCCUGCCCCCAGUGCGGGAAAAGACCCAGAACAGGAGCUGGACUGCUGACAGCCAAUCAGAGCAGCUGUGCUCCAGCAGAUGUUGUCCUGCAGGAGGUUCUAAAGGAACAUAAGAUCAGUCUGAGGAGGAGAUGUGAAUGUGUGACUGAAGGAAGCGAUGAAACAGGAAGUAGAACCCUCCUCAACAGGAUCUACACUGAUCUCUACAUCACAGAGGGUCAGAGUGAAGAGGUUAAUACCCAACAUGAGGUGAAGCAGCUGGAGAGAGCUUCCAAGAUCCAGAACCUCCAUGAUUCUCCAAUCAGGUGCCAUGACAUCGUUAAAUCCUUCCCUGGCCAACAUGGAGCCAUCAGAGUGGUUCUGACCAAUGGAGUCGCUGGUGUUGGAAAAACCUUCUCAGUGCAGAAGUUCACUCUGGACUGGGCACUUUCACUGGACUUCAACAGCAGUCAGCUGGUUUCUGACGUCACACAGAAGUCAUCAGUCAACGUUCUGCUGACAAACCUCAUCAAGGGGGACCUGCUUCCCUCAGCUUUCAUCUGGAUAACUACCAGACCUGCAGUGGCCAAUCAGAUCCCUCCUUCAUGUGUUUCCAGGGCAACAGAAGUACGAGGCUUCACCGACACCCAGAAGGAGGAGUACUUCAGGAGGAGGUUCAGUGAUGAAGAGCUGUCCAGCAGAAUCAUCUCCCACAUCCAGACCUGCAGGAGCCUCCACAUCAUGUGUGGAAUCCCAGUCUUCUGUUGGAUCACUGCUACGGUUCUGGAGAACAUGUUGAACUCAGAGCAGAGAGGAGAGCUGCCCAAGACCAUGACUGACAUGUACUCACACUUCCUGCUGGUGCAGACAAAGAGGAAGAAGAACAAGUACCAUGGAGGACAUGAGACACGUUCGCAGGAGCUGAUGGAGGCUGACAGGGAAGUUCUUCUGAAGCUGGGGAGGCUGGCGUUUGAACAUCUGGAGAAAGGAAACAUCAUGUUCUACCAAGAAGACCUGGAGCAGUGUGGUCUGGAUGUCACAGAGGCCUCAGUGUACUCAGGAGUUUGUACAGAGAUCUUCAAAAGAGAGAGUGUGAUCUUCCAGAAACCAGUUUACUGCUUUGUUCACUUGAGCAUCCAGGAGUUUCUGGCUGCAGUUUGCAUGUUCCACUGUUUCACCAGCAGGAAUACAGAGGAGGUGGAGAAGUUCCUGGGAGAAAAAUACAGUGAAACAUCUCUGGAGGAUUUCAUGAACAGAGUUAUGUCUAAAUCCUUCUUCAGUAAAAAUGGCCACCUGGACCUGUUUGUUCGCUUCCUUCAUGGUCUCACUCUGGAGUCCAACCAGAGACUGUUAGAAGGCCUGCUGGGUCAGACAGAGAUCAGUCCAGAAACUAUCCAGAGAAUCAUCAACAAUCUGAAGGAGAUGAACACUGAUGAUAUCUCUCCUGACAGAAGCAUCAACAUCUUCCAAUGUCUGAUGGAGAUGAACGACCUCUCAGUUUUUCAGGAGAUCCAACAGUUCUUGAAAACAGGGAAUGAACUGUCAGAGAUCCAGUGUUCAGCUCUGGCCUUCAUGCUGCAGAUGUCAGAGGUUCUGGACGAGUUGGACCUGGAGAAGUACAAAACUUCAGAAUCGGGGCGACUGAGACUGGUUCCAGCUGUGAAGAACUGCAGAAAGGCUCGGUGA